AUGGCGGCGGGGGGAGGGGGAGGAGGCGGCCGGGGGAGCAGCAGCGGAGCGAAGAUGGGGGGCAGGACUGGGGGGACCGGAGGAGGAGGAGGAGGGGGCGCAGUAGCGGCGCCUGCUUCCGAAAAGCUUCCAGUCCACGUAGAAGAUGCCCUCUCUUACCUGGAUCAAGUGAAGAUCCGUUUUGGUAGUGACCCCGCCACAUAUAACGGUUUCUUGGAAAUCAUGAAGGAGUUUAAGAGCCAGAGCAUUGACACUCCAGGUGUCAUCAGACGUGUUUCUCAGCUGUUCCAUGAACACCCUGACCUCAUCAUCGGCUUCAACGCUUUCUUGCCCCUGGGUUACCGAAUAGAGAUUCCAAAGAAUGGGAAGCUGAAUGUCCAGUCACCUCUCACUGGCCAGAUAUCCCUGGAGCCAGUUCAGAACCCUCUCUCUGGCAGCAGUCUGAUGCUGCAUUACUGCCAGGAGAACACCCACAACCAUGGCGACUGCCCAGAGGAUUUCCGCCAGCAGCAACAGCCCUGCAAGGAUGAUAAAGUUCAGAUGCCUCUGGAAUCCGAUUCAGUGGAGUUCAACAAUGCCAUAAGUUAUGUGAAUAAAAUCAAGACCCGGUUUCUUGACCACCCUGAAAUCUAUCGUUCCUUCUUGGAGAUCCUUCACACAUAUCAGAAGGAGCAGCUAAGCACAAAAGGCCGCCCUUUUCGAGGCAUGUCGGAAGAGGAGGUCUUCACUGAAGUGGCAAAUCUUUUCCGGGGCCAGGAAGAUCUUCUGUCUGAGUUUGGACAGUUCCUUCCGGAGGCAAAGAGGUCUUUGUUUACAGGGAAUGGGCCAUGUGACGCCAACAGUAUCCCCAAAAUGGAUCAUGAGAAACAUCUAGAAAACAGUAAGAAACGGUCCAGGUCUCUGUUGCUCCGUCCUGGGCCCAGCCCAGCCAAGAAAAAGAUGAAGCUGCGUGGGACCAAGGACCUGUCCGUCGCGACCGUGGGCAAAUACGGCACUUUGCAGGAGUUUUCUUUCUUUGACAAGGUACGCCGAGUCCUCAAGAGCCAAGAAGUCUAUGAGAACUUCCUCCGCUGCAUUGCUCUCUUCAACCAAGAGCUGGUCUCUGGCUCUGAGUUGCUUCAGCUGAUCACACCCUUUUUGGGGAAAUUCCCUGAACUCUUUGCUCAAUUCAAGUCAUUCCUGGGAGUGAAGGAGCUCUCUUUUGCCUCCCCAAUGAGUGAUCGCUCCGGGGAUGGGAUGUGCCGGGAAAUUGACUAUGCUUCCUGCAAGCGUAUUGGUUCCAGCUACAGAGCCCUCCCCAAGACUUACCAGCAACCCAAAUGCAGUGGCAGGACAGCUAUUUGCAAGGAGGUGCUAAAUGACACCUGGGUCUCCUUCCCAUCUUGGUCUGAAGACUCAACCUUUGUCAGCUCAAAGAAAACUCCUUAUGAGGAGCAGCUACAUCGAUGUGAAGAUGAACGCUUCGAGCUGGAUGUUGUCUUAGAGACCAACUUGGCGACCAUCCGUGUCUUAGAAAGUGUGCAGAAAAAACUGACCCGCAUGUCGCAGGAGGAUCAAGAGAAGUUCCGGUUGGACGACUGCCUUGGUGGCACGUCAGAAGUGAUCCAGCGCCGGGCCAUCUACCGUAUCUACGGUGACAAAGCCCCAGAGAUCAUUGAGAGCCUCAAGAAGAACCCUAUCACUGCCCUCCCUGUUAUUCUGAAGAGGCUGAAGGCCAAGGAAGAAGAGUGGCGAGAAGCUCAGCAGGGCUUCAACAAGAUCUGGAGAGAGCAGUAUGAGAAGGCCUACCUGAAGUCUCUUGACCACCAGGCUGCAAACUUCAAGCAGAACGACACGAAAGCCUUGCGCUCCAAGAGCCUGCUGAAUGAGAUUGAGAGCGUCUACGAUGAGCACCAGGAGCAACACUCGGAGGGGAGGGGAGCCACUAACGAGCCGCAUCUCAUCUUUGUCUAUGAAGACAAGCAGAUCCUGGAUGACGCAGCUGCCUUAGUCAGCUACUAUGUGAAACGGCAACCCACCAUCCAAAAGGAGGACCAGGCUACUAUUCGACAGAUUGUCCAUCACUUCAUCCCGGACCUGUUUUUCUCCCAGAUGCCUGAGCACCCAGUUCCUGAAGAGUUGCCCAGCGAGGAAAAGGGGAGCCCCAAGGCUCACCCGGUGGAGACACGCGAUCUACGGAAAAGGCAUGCGCCUGGCUCACAGACGACCCCUAUGGAGGAUAAGGGAUCGACCCUGGUGGAAGCCCAUGAGCUGAGAAAGAGGAAUCCCCCCGGCCUGCCUGCGAGCCCUAUGGAGGAGAAGCCAUCUGCCUUGGAGGGCCACGAACUGCGCAAAAGAAACCCCCCAGCACCUCCUGCCAGCCCUGCAAAGGACAAAGGGAGUCUGGAAAGCAUUGUGCCUUCCGCUCGUUCCCACCUUACCCUGGACAACGUCUAUACCCUCUUCUUUGCCAAUAACAACUGGUACUUCUUCCUUCGCCUUCAUCAGACUCUUUGCUCGCGGCUCCUCAAGAUUUACCGUCAGGCACAGAAGCAGCUGCUGGAGUAUCGGACAGAAAAAGAGAGAGAGAAGCUAUUGUGCGAAGGCCGGAAGGAGCGGGCCAAUGACCCUGCCAUGGAGCUGAGGCUGAAGCAACCGAGUGAAGUGGAGCUGGAGGAAUAUUACCCAGCUUUCCUAGACUUGGUGAGGAAUUUGCUGGAUGGCAACAUUGACCCCACUCAAUAUGAGGACACCUUGAGAGAGAUGUUCACCAUCCAUGCCUACAUUGGUUUUACCAUGGACAAGCUUGUACAAAACAUUGUCCGACAGCUGCAUCACUUGGUGAGUGAUGAUGUCUGUCUGAAAGUUGUGGAGCUGUAUCUGAGCGAGCGAAAGCACGGCGCGGCUGGUGGCAAUCUGUCUUCGCAAUGUGUACGAGCCGCAAAGGAGACCAGCUACCAGUGGAAGGCGGAACGUUGCAUGGCCGAUGAGAACUGCUUCAAGGUGAUGUUCCUUCAAAGGAAGGACCAAGUGAUCAUGACCAUUGAACUUUUGGAUACAGAAGAGACUCAAGCUGAAGACCCCACAGAAGUCCAGCAUUUGACUAAUUAUGUGGAGCAGUAUGUGGGAGUGGAAGGGACCCCGAGCAGUCAGAAUGAAGGCUUCCUCUUAAAGCCGGUCUUUCUGCAGAGGAACCUUGACAAAUUCCGGCGAUGGCAGUGCCAGCAGAUCCAGGCCAUGCGUGACAAAGCGAAAAGCUCCUGGAAGCAGCUGAUCGGUGUGGAGAGUGCCUGCAAUGUGGACUGCAAGUUCAAGUUGAACACACACAAGAUGCUCUUCAUCAUGAACGCUGAAGACUACAUGUAUCGUCGGGGAGCGCUGUCUCGAGCCAAACAGGCGGCCCCUCGAGUCUUGCUGCGGCAUCACCAGCGCUUUGAAGAGUGGCACCAGCGCUGGCUUGCAAGGCACGUCAACCGAGAAGCAGCCGAGAUGGUCCAGGACUGGCUGAUGGGCGAUGAGGAUGAGGACCUGCUGCCCUGCAAGACAACUUGUGAGACUGUCAAUGUACAUGGGGUGCCUGUCAACCGCUAUCACGUGCAGUACAGCCGCCAGCCUUCCUCGCCCUGACUUCCAGUCCGCCCGCCCGCCCGCCCGCCCACCCCCAAAUUCCAGUGGCCCUCAUGGACUGGGAAGACAAUGUAUGUAUCACUGGUAUUUAUCCAACCAGCUUUUAUCAUUUGGGGUCCCACUCGGGGCUGUGAUGAUUUUCUUCCCCAUCCUACCCUACCCCAUGCAGCAUGGGUGUGCUUGUCCAAGAAAGAAUGGACCCCUAGCAGAAUGGAGGCAGCUUCUGUCGCUCUCGCUCUCAUUUAAAGUGGGGGCUUUCAGCGUAGGCCAGGAGAGAGAUUGAACUCUAGGAGGGAAGAGGUCAGUGGAUUAGACGAGACAGGCCAUUGCUCUUCAAGAAGUUCCAAAAUUGUUACCAAUUGGGGAUGAGAUCUUCAAGAACCUACAACAGCGACCUGUUUGUAUCAUUGAGCAGCAAACAACAUACCAAAUGUGGAAACCUUGACUUUUCUAGCUCACUUUCCCCCUAUGUUCUAAUUCUAUGGGUGGCACGGCUGAGUCGCCAGUAUACCUUGGCACCUUCUUACUUAGAGAAUUAUCCAAGUGGAUGCUGCACCCUGGACAACUAGGGCUUUCACCCCUUUAAAAAAAGGAGCACCCAAGAUUUCUUCAAGAACCACCGGUCCAUGUUUUCCUGCAAAGAAUAAGAGGUUGGGAUUUGUAUUCUCUCUCCACCCAUCUUCAAAACCUUUUUUAAAAGUCUAAUCUAAAACUUGGCCUGGAUAAGAUUCAAGGUGUCUUCCCUCCCACACGGGCUCUGCUGUCUUCACUUAAGUAUGCCAUCCUAUGCCAUUCUCAUCCGUGUGCCUCUUACGGCAACAAGAUUUGCAGGUCCCAUCUCUGGAUACGAGGUGCACGUCCAGAGAUGCUGGACUUUUCAGUGGAAAGAUCCCCUGAUGCAGGGUUAGGGGGUUUUGUGCUGAAGCUCUGGGUCUCCCAUUAGGGGUCACUGCCCUCCCUGUUUCCAGAAAGUCCUUGGUGCCUAGGGGUUUUCUUUGACUUGUGAAAUAGACGGUUGUAUUCCCCCUCUCUUCUCUAAUUCCCUUGUUGCCAAGGGAGGGGAGGCCAUUUUGCCUUGAGCAGCAUUCGGAAGUCCCAGCUCUACCAGCUUUGUCUCCAGCAGCUUCUUCUCCCAGAUCUUCAAUUGUGUCUUCUCUUGUACCUGAGCAGAGAUGACUGCCUGUGCCAAAUUCUGUUACGAAACUACUACUAAAUGGUAGCUUGUGGCUUAAUGUGUGUUUGAUUGGGGGGGGCAUCGUGAAGUUUGAGAAUUCUAUCCCCUUCUAGACCACCCUCCUUCCUCCCCUCUUUUUCCUCAAACUUUUUCAAGGCCAUCUUUACACAUCCUUUUAUAAAUCAAUUAAUUUAUAAUCUGAGUGGACAAAGCAAGACUCUCUCCUUUGUAUCCUUCUCAUCGCGCAAUGUGGUGUUAGCAAGGGCUACAUGAAACCCACAGAGACCUGUCAAUAGUCGGAAGAGAAGACACGAAAAUAAUUCUUCGGUUUUUCUGAAGGAUCUCUUGCUUUUUUUUUUAAAUUGGUUUUGGCUUGUAUUUGCUUUGCAAUUCUUUAAAUGUAGUUUUUAAAAAAAAUAUUUAUUUGCACAUCAAGUAAAAUAAAAUAUUGAUUUUAAAAUGCAAA